AUGUUCCAUUUGUUCCGAGAUGCUAAUCUAAACACCGCAAUCGAUCCUCGGUGUGGCUUUUUUCAACAUAUUCUUCUCCCCAAGUUCGCUGUCAUUCUUCCACACCCACCAAUGGUCGUCCUCUCAACCACAGAGAGGAUAUACGUGGGGAAAGAGGACAACCUGCAGAGAAAUCAUCCUCCUUAUAUGUGCUGUCAUGGAGGGAGCUCAGUAUGUAUAAUCCAAGUGACUGGGUAUGUCAGGGUUUCAUAUUUCAAGUACAUCUCUUCACCACGAACGGGCUCGCCUAUGGAGAGGUCGCAGACUGAAAUUUUUUCUCCCCCUGUCGUCUUUCCAAAGACGAACAGUUUUAAUUUGUCCAAAUCAGAGAAAGAGGCAAAGAAAGAAGCUUUCAGGAAGUAUUUAGAGUCCAGUGGAGUUCUUGAUUCUCUCACCGAAGUUCUGGUUGCUUUGUAUGAGCAGAAUGACAAGCCCUCCUCUGCUUUAGAAUUUAUUCAACAAAACCUAGGUGGUCCUUCUGUCUCUGAGUAUGAGAGGCUUCAAGCUGAGAAGUCUGAUCUUCAAAUAAUACAAUUUUUUUGGCUAAACGUCAGGAAACUCUUAGAGAGAUGGAGUGAAGAGCUUGCAGUCAAGAAACCUUCGAAAGAAGAUGAAGACAGAGAGGCCAUUGAAGACGAGCACACAACCCUUGCGAAUCCUCAUCACCACUAA